AGAUCCGGUUUCCAUUCCGGGUAAAUCAAACGCACCCGUGGGAGGUUUAUGUUCAUAAUCUUAUCCAACAUUUUCGUUAUCAUUGCUUGUUUAGAUACUUAGCAGAAUGGACCAGAUUUUACGGCGAGUAGUGAUUUUCUUAUGCUGGACUUUUAUUUUGUUUGAAGUCGCUAGUUGUCUGACGUGCGGUCAAACAAAAUGUUUAGAUGGAGAACAUUGUUGCAGUUUGAAUGGAGGAUCAAACAACUGUUGCUGUAAAAAAGACGCCACAGGUUCCACAAGUCGCUGUCAUUCCCAUUCAGAGACACCUCCAAAUGGAAAUGGAUUUCCAGGGUGUAACUAUACAAAUAGUUGUCUCACGUGCGGUCAAACAAAAUGUUCAGAUGGAGAACACUGUUGCAGUUUGAACGGAGGAUCAAACAACUGUUGCUGUAAAAAUGACGUCACAGGUUCCACAAGUAGCUGUCAUUCCGAGUCAGAGACAUCUACAAAAUCUACAAAUGGAAACGGAUUUAAUAGAUUUCCAUGGUGGGGAGCUGUUAUCAUACUUGUUGUGAUAGUUUGUACAGAAUAAAGAAAUGACAGCCACAUCAACAACUGUAGACAUGCUUUAGUUGUGAUGCACAUCCGAAUACUUGGACACUAUUCUUCAGUGUUUCAACUAACUGAAUACAAGAUUACUACAAGAAUAUUUUUUAAAAUAGCAUUUGGAAAAUAACACCUGAUAUAGCAGAUCUCAAAUCGUCUAGAAGCCAUCAUUUUAAGGAAGUUAUAGACUUUAAUGACAUGGAAAAGAAUGUCAUAAUUAAGAAAUAAUACAUCUCAAAUAGUAAUUUAUUGUUGAAUAAAGUCAUUGUUUGGAGUUCAGAUGCGACGAAAUUAUUUAGUCAUCGUGAUAGAAUAAACAUCUGAACGACAACUAGUGAUCUUGUUCAAGUGAAGAUAACUUUUUGAGAUAGUAAAAUUUCUUAAGAUAAGAUUUCUUAAUUUCCUCCAAAUUUGAAGAGUCACAUACAAUGUACAAAAUGAAUACAAUGAACUAAGCAGAAAGGAGAAAAUAUAAAUGCAAACAUGGUAAAUAUACAGAUAUGAUUAUGAUACACGAUUAUUUAACAAGUGAUUAAAUGAUGUAUAUAUACAUAUGAACCUUUCAUAGUCAUACAACGUUUAUAUUGCAUUGAAUAAGACUUGAUGAAAGCAUAUCUAAGCAUAUCAUAGAAAACGGUAUUUACAUUUGUGCAAAAAUAUUAUGAUAUAUUGUAUUGAAAAUACAUGAAAAUACAAAUGUACAUCUUUUGAUGGAAUCUUAAUUAUAUGGACAUCUCUCAUUUAUCAGUAGGCUUACCGAAACGAAAAGAAAGCAUAUUGCUGAGGAAAGCCAUAUAGUAAAUGCAUUGCGGAUAAUGUUCGUUUUAUGCAAAGUGAAAUUAAAUAUUUAUUUUGUAAAUCUAAAUAUUUAAAAUAUUGCACAUAAAACGUAAUUGUCUCAGAACCAUUUUAAAGGAAGAAAUCCCUUUACUGUCUUGCAUGUAAAAUGAUGGUAAACCAGCUAGCAAGUCAAUUAAUUGUAUAUCUGGACUUAAGCUACAGAAAACCUCAAAUUCUUCUCCUAAUAUAUCAUGUAGCGAACACCACAAUUUAUGACGUAUAGCAUCUUUUUCAUUACAAAACAUCGCUAAGUGAGUUGCGAUUGGAUUAGUUUCUAUAUAACACUUUUUACACACACAUAUAAACUGGCACGAGAAAACUAUUAUUGAAAUAGCUGUUAUACAGAAAUUUACUUGAUCUCUGUAUUGUGGACAGAAUUUCCAUACUGCACAUGGUACAAAUGUACGGUGGAUUCUGUUCAGAUUCUUAUGCUUUCUUCGCAUAUUUACUUAUUUUUAUAUUCAAUUCAAUAUUUUCAUGUUUGGAGGUUGUUAUCAUUGACUUCCACUGCUUUUUUGUGGGAAAUGAAGCAUCUUUUAUAUACGUGUUCAGCACAUGGGUUAAAUCAUACUUUCCCAAAAUCCUAUAUAUGUCCUGCAUAAAGCCUAACGCUUUUUGGGGGUUCGCCAUGAAAGUUAAUAGUCUUUGAACAAAACUAAAUUUAAUGCUUUUUGAAUUGUCAAGUGCUGACCAAAUAUCUGUAAUUUUCGCUUGUCCAUGAAAGACUCUAUGGGAUACAUUCCGCGUAAGCUCAACGCAACAUCAGUUUUAGUAUACUUUGGCAUACGUUGGAUGAACUUAACGCACUGGCGAUGAGUCCUCUCCAGGGACUGAAGGUGAGAAUAUGCCAAACUGAUGCAGAGUUCGCACAGAGCUUUUGACAGAACAACAGUUUCAUACAGAUGUUUUGACGUUAAGUGAUGUAAACCGUCACCAUGAACACCGCAAUCAGCCAAGCUGAAAAAUGCUCUGCGCAAUUUCGAACAGAUCUCAUUCACUGCCUUAUUCAAAUCCAUAUUAUUUGUACAUAACACGCCUAGAUUUGAAUAUUCCGAUAUCUCUAUAUUGUUUGGUCCAAGAUGCCACAUAAGUUGAGUAUUGUUGUUAAUAUUAUUAUUAUAAAUCAUGACUUUUUUUUUCUUUUUGGAAUUGUUUCACAAACGUGGAACAACCCGUUUAUUUUUUCAUUUCAACAUAUACAUUAGUAAUAACAUACACUGACAUUUGAGUAUGAGACAAUAUAUGAGAUAUACAUCUGGGCAAUACUUUCUUGAUUAUAUAGUAACUUGAAUACACAAUCACAUAUUCUUUAAAAAAGCUUUCAGAGUAUACGGACUAAUAUUCCUAUUUUCAUAAUAGUUGAUUAAAACUAAAAUAUCGUAAUAUAAAAUGUUCCAAAUGUUUAAAGCUUUUGUUCGUCUUUCGCUCAUAAAAUAAGUUUUGUAUAAGUAAUAUGAAAUACAAUUUAGUAAUAAAUUUAUAUUGUCAUAUUCACGGAGUUCUAUCUUGUAUCCAGUAAUCAAACAUUUCAGAUUCCUAAAUAAUUUUUAAAACCGCAUCUAUUAAAUGUAACUUCAGUUUUUGACCAGAAGGUAUCUAAAUAUUUACAACCAAGGAAAAAGUGAUCAAAGUCUUCAAACUCAUUACAAUAUUUACAUAUAGAGGAUAAUUGUUGGUUUCGGUGUAAUAUCACGUUAUAAUUUCACCGAGUGGGCACCAGAAGUGAUAUUUUCACGAGUGGCGCAGCCACGAGUGAAAAUAACAACUUUUGGUGUUCACGAGUGAAAUUACCGUGAUAUUACAUCGAUACCAACAAUUUUUCUGUUUAUUUUAUGUCUAAAACUCUACUUUUGUUGUGUUUAUUUCAAUAAAAUGUCGAAAUUUGCGGGAAAUUUUAUCAGGAAGCAUCGCAAAGAUGACGUCAUUUUAAAGACGUCAUCGUCAUAUUGUUUCCGGCUUUCAGUACGCUCGGUAAACUUUUUGACAUUAAUCCGGGUAUCAGAUUUGAUAAUUUUCACUGAGUGGCCAGUGAAUUUAUCAGGAUAUAAUUCACCGUUAUAUUUCGAUAAACCACCGAAAAACAUAAAAUAAAAUGGACUAUUUUCUAUGUUCCAGUUAAAUAGAUUAGCAUUUGUUGCUUUUAUUCUAUGUAUAGUCUUAUAUUUAAAUUGCUUUGUUCGAUUAUCUACUACAACUUUAUUUAAUACGUAGUAAAAGGAUUCCCAUUUGAUAUUAUUUGAAAAUAGCUCUUCCCAAUAUUUGUGAAUAUACGGUUUGUUAAAUUUGGCGUCUAGAAAAGAAUUGUAUAUGUCUUUGUUUACUGUACUUUUGAUUAAUUUGUGUUUGACGUACGUAUUAAAAGAUGUUUUUACCUUCGAAUUUAUUGACUCUUCAAAAGUAAGAAUUUCUUUUUCAAUGACCAGGAAUUGAUUUUUUGACUAUGCUAAUCUCAGCAAUCCAGUUGUGUUUGUUUAUAAGUUUUCGAUAUAUACUGUUUGUAUUAAUGUCACCAUUGUCAAAUAUAAUAUCGUUUAUAAAUAUUAAACCAGAGUCAAUCCAUGAUUGAAAUAACAGACAUUUUCCAUUGUAUUUUAUAUAACGAUUCCCCCAAAUGAUUUGUUUCCUUAUGUCAUAAAAUGUUUUUAGUGUUUUUGUAUUUGCUUUGUCGGUUUGUUUUAAUUCUAUCCAAAUUUCAAUGAGGUUUUUGUAAAAUGAUGGUAUAGACAAACUUGUUGUUGGUAAGCUUUUAGAAGAAUUAGUAUUCAUAUUAAAUACUAGGAAAUUUUUACCGUAUUGGUUUAAGAAAAAUUUGGGUAUCAGUUUCCAAUUUGCAUUGUCUAAUACUUUUAAGCUUUUAACCCAUUUAACUGUUAUUGAGUUGUAAUAGGAAUAAAUAUCAAUCAUAUCUAGUCCUCCUUCUAAUUUAUGACCGAUUGUUGUUGUUCUUUUGAUUUUGUCGUUUUUGCCUUUCCAUAGAAACUUGAAAAAUAACGAAUUGAACUCAUUCAAAACAGACUUUGGAGGGAUUAGAUUUUGCAGUAAAUAUGUAAUUUUGGGUAAUAAAAUUGAUUUAAUGAUUAAGAUUUUACCGUACAUAGUCAAAUUUCUUUUGUUCCAGACGUUAAUAAGAGACUGGCACGCUGCUAACUUUUCGUCCCAAUUUAAUUUAUCACUUUCAUUUUUGUCAUUUCCAAAAUAAAUUCCUAAAGCUUUAACAUGUAGAUUUGUAAUUUUUAUUUGGUUCAAAGUCUUAAUAGUUUUCGUUUUUGACUUCCCUAUCCAUAGACCAAUUGUUUUGUCUUUAUUUAGUAGUAACCCAGAAUGUUUUCCAAAUUCAUCAAUUACUUGUAAAGCAAGUGAGAUAUCAUUUUCAUGUUUUAGAAACAACGCAGUAUCGUCUGCUAGUUGUGUUAUUUUGAUUUUUCUAACAUUACCAUCAUAAUUUACAGAAAUACCAUUAAUGUUUUCACAAUCACGUACUUAUAUUGCAAGAAUUUCCGAUAUAAUGAUGAAUAAUAGGGCUGAUAAGGGACACGCCUGACGAAUCCCACGUGAUAUUUUAAAGAAAUUUGAUUUCCAUUCAUUAUUUAAGACGUAACUUGAAAUAUAGGCAUAAAGGACAUGAACCCAGUGUAAAAAGGAAUUUCCAAAGCCAGAACGUUUUAAAAUUUUAAACAUAAAGCUCCAUUCGACCGUGUCAAAAGACUUUUGUUUUUGUAACAUCGUAGAAGUACCUGUUUUUCAAAGACAUCGUAGCAAAUAUUUAAGAGUUCUUGUAAAUAGAAAAAGUGGAAACUCCACAGGUCGCUCAACACAACAAAAACGAAAAUGCUGCAGGCUCGGUUUGAUUGAGCCUGUUCAUGGACGGUAGUGGAAAUGCAUGCUACCGUCCACGCCCUCUAGCCCCGGGUUGAGCAGAACUCAACAUUUACGCAUGUUAAAAGUACAAAAAACAAUUUAGAGACAUCCGCAAAUGUGUUCUUACGGCGGUGCACAUGGAACCUUCAAUGCUACGCUAGUGUGUAAUUCGAUGAAAAGCGGCGUAUGGUCCCCAGUUAAAAUAAUGUAUUUGCUCUAAACGAGGAAACAAUGAGCAGAACUAAACAAACUGGAAUUUAGAAAGGGGAUCUGAGGUUAUGGAGCCUGCAUAUCACAGGAACUGCCAAAAGACAAAAAUUAAAAAGCAGGCGCCAUAUCCAAGGGGUGAGCCAUUUUUGGAAAGUGAUAGUAAAACCAUAUCAUCAGCUGAAGUUGGGCAUCCAAAACUAGUGUUUUCUAUCUUAAGGCUAUGUCUAUUAUUCUCGAUGGUAUUCAUUAAGUCAUUUAUGGAAAUUAGAUACAUCAAUGCACUUGUAACCUGGCCCUGUCUAGCACCUUGUAAAACUGGGAACCAGUCCGAUGUAAUACCGUGUGAUCUGACACAGCUGAAGGCAUUCUUCGUUAAAUUACUGAAUAUCUUUAAAAUUCCAAAAUCAAGUCCAACACUGGAAAGUUUCAACAUCAAGAUAUUAUAAUUCACUUGAUCAAAGGCUUGCUUGACGUUCAAAUAGCAUGCACAAAGCUUUGAACAAUUUUCUCGUGCAUAGUAAAUACAUACUCCAACUGAGAACGAUGUCAUUAAGCAGUUUACAUUUUUCGAAAGCCACCUUGGAGGGGAUUUAAUUUAACGGGGUUAUCAGAUUCUAUAAAGUUUAAAAGCACCUUUUCAUAAAUCUUAAGUUGAACACAAUGAAAUAGCUAUGUAACUAUUCGAUCAGACUUCUUUUUGCUUCCACCUUUAUACAUAGUUGUAAAAAUUCCACGUUUGGGUUCAACAGGUAUAUGCGCAAGGCGAGCCAUGUUUGUAAGGCAGCUCAGAAUGAAUGAACCUCCGUACAUAAGAUUUUCAUAGUAUACGUUGUCAGCCCCACAUGUUUUCCGUAUAUAUUCCCGUUUUCUGUCAUUCAUUUUCAGCAUGCCGCUUUGAAGUUUCAUGAUAUGACGUAAUAAUUGUAAUGUAAAAACUGUGAUUUGUUUUGCAUAAUAUUGUCACACUUUCAGCUUUCUGUCUUUAGUAGUGAAAAAAAUCGGGUCAUGUUAUAAUAUGCGUUCGUGUUUUAUUACAAAUUAAAAUAUGUGGUUUGGUGACGGGUUUUACUCGUCUGUGCAUAUAUUUGACAAUAAAUGAUUGGAGGGUGGCUUGUUGAUUACUUAAAUACUGUAAAAUACGGACGUUAAAUUGAAUGAUAUAACAUGUGCAUUGGCUCAAACUCCGGUUCUGAGCGCCACCUUCCCGUCGUUUACUACACCUCUUAUUUUAAAAAACUUCACCUGUCAAAAAAUGCGCACAAACGGGUGGGAAGAGUAAAAACCACAUAAUCUGUUUUGUAGUUGGUAUAUAUAUGAUUUUAAUUGAAAACAUUUAUGUUUUUCGUUUGCUUAUGUAUCAGUUUCUUCGAAUUGUUAUAGAUUUGAUGAUGUAUAUUUUUUAAUUAGCUAUGAGUUUUCCCUAUUCUAUUUUAGUGCUUAUUUGCUGCAAAAUAAAAAAAGCAUCCUGGUAGUAACUAUUUUCCAUACUUAGAGCAUUAUAGAAACUUUCAGUAACUUUCUUUACACAGAGAUACAUUUAGAUAAUGAAACAUGUAGAUAUCACUAGUACUAUUUUACUUUAUAUAUAUGGAAACGCUUUUCUCGUGAAUUAAAAUCUUUGGUUAAAAUGAU